CGGAAAGAAACGGAACCCCGGCGACAAACAAAAUCCAAUUCGAAAAUUCUUUCAUGUCCGCUAUAUACAUUUCCGUAGUCAGCAAUAUCCAAUCGCUUCCGUCCCUCUAUAUAAACCCCAUUAUUUUUCCAAUUAUUCCUCAUUGUCAAAGCAAAAUCUGUCUCACUCAUCCCAUCUUUCUGCAAAAUUCAUGCAGAAUGCUAGGCUAGUUCUUCACAUUACUAGAUUCUCAUUGAAGUACGAUUGUAUUCGUCCCAAUUGGAUUCACUUCGACCGGGAAGCAAUUUUUGGCAUCAAUUUCUCUGGCUUCUAGGGUUCUUUUGCCAUCUCGAAGAAGAUCUGGUCUUUGCGAUUUGAUUUCUGCAGCGGGUUGUCAGUUUUACAAUGAUGCAACAUGAGAUGGAGUCCCAAAUUCAUUACCUUGAGCAAGUAGCAUACAGUUCAGUGCUACGAGCUUUCAAAGCACAAUCUGAUGCGCUUUCAUGGGAGAAGGAAGGAUUAAUAACUGAACUUCGGAAAGAGCUGCGAGUUUCUGAUGAUGAACAUAGAGAACUACUCUCCAAGGUAAAUACAGAUGACAUCAUUAUAAGAAUCAGGGAGUGGAGGACAUCAGGAGGGACACGUACCACAAUGCUCAACAUUCCCCAAUCUAUCCACGACCCUAUUUCACUCAGUCCAACCAUUUCAGCAUCUCGGAAAAGGCAAAAGACGACUUUGCCCCUGUCUUUACCCACACAAUCGUUUCCCGGAUUAGGAGCUGGAAUCCAAACCCCUAAAUCCUCCCCAAGAUACCCUUUAAUGGGGAGAACUCCAAGGGGAAUGCUUUCAAAUCAUGGAUCUUCUACUAUUGGUAUACCAAAUGAAGCAAGUGAUGUGGUUGUGGGUACUACAAGGGAUCAGUUAAUUGGAAGGAAAUUAAGAACUAGAUGGCCUGAUGACAAUAACUUCUAUGAGGCUGUCAUAGUUGACUACAACCCUGUACAGGGACGACAUGCACUCCUUUAUAAUAAGAAUACACCACAGGAAAGCUUUGAAUGGGUUAAUCUGAAGGAGAUUCCACCAGAGGAUAUUCAAUGGAUAGGUGAGGAGCAGGGUUCUCAUCAAGUUACUCAUGGUGGGCCAGGACAUGGAUUUGGAAGGGGUAGAGGGAACUCAAAGGAACAAUCUAGAAAAGGCUACCCAAACCCACCCUUGCAAAAUGGUGACACCAAAGCUUCAGAUGAAAUAGAAAUACUUCACACUGAUACUCUUUUAAAAGAGGUGGAAAAGGUGUUUGAUGCUAGUCAUCCGGAUCUGCUUGAGAUAGAAAAAGCAAAGAAAAUGCUCAAGGAACAUGAACGAGCAUUGAUUGAUGUGAUUGCAAAGCUUGCAGAUGCAUCCGACAGUGAUAGUGGUGGGGAUGAGCGGUACAUGUAUGGAAGAUCUGAUGGUCCAGGAAUGCCUAGAGGACCAGGUGAUAACCAGGCGGAGGAGUAUGUGGAUAUCAUUUAGUUUCUCUUUCAACGUGUAGUGUAAAUCUCUCUCUUAACUUAACAAAAAAAAAAAAAAAGAAUACUAGAGUUUUUGUAUUUGUUGGCACGAGAUUUUGGUUUGUAUAGGCAAAAAAGGAAGG